UUUAUAAACAGGAGCAGAGCACCUACAUUAACAUUAGACUCUGAGACAUGAAGAUGUUGCAGUACAGUCUGUUAGUGCUGGCCGUGGUAUUUACCAGUGGACAUGCUGUUGAUGACUACCCCACUGGAGGCAUUUACAUGGGGUACAGGAGCUGCAAAGACAUCAAGCAAAUCGAUAGCUCUGCAACAGAUGGAAUUUAUACUCUGACAACCAAAGAUGGAGAGCAGUAUCAGACCUUCUGUGACAUGACUACCAAUGGAGGAGGGUGGACAUUGGUGGCCAGUAUCCAUGAAAACAAUAUGUAUGGGAAGUGCACAGUGGGGGAUCGCUGGACCAGUCAACAGGGAAAUUCCAUUAACUACCCUGAGGGAGAUGCCAACUGGGCAAACUAUGCCACGUUUGGGCAGGCUGCUGGAGCAACCAGUGAUGACUACAAGAAUCCAGGAUAUUAUGAUCUCUCCGCCAAGGAUUUGGGUCUAUGGCAUGUGCCCAACCGGACUCCGCUUUCUCAAUGGAGGAACACAGCUCUGCUGAGAUAUCGUACAGCAAAUGGCUUCUUAACUGCAGAAGGAGGAAACCUUUUUAAGUUAUAUAAGUACAUUGGGAAGACUUUUCAACAAUUACGCCGUAGGAUCCUUCAACAUGUGGGCUCUAUUAAAAACACUUUAACACCAACACCAGUAGCCAGACAUAUUGUGAAAUUUCACCAAGGCAAUGUGGACAAUUUCAGGUUCCAGUCAAUUGAGAAACUGCCACCUAACCCUCGGAAAGGAAACUUUAAUAAACAACUACUCCAAAAAGAAUCCCAAUGGAUUUAUUCUUCCAGGACCUUGACCCCACAGGGACUCAAUGAGAAGUUUAAUUACACUCCUUUCAUACACUGA